GGCAGCGAGAGCAGCACAACGUUUGCUGCCACACACAACACAACAGAGCUUGUGUUCGAAGCGAAGACGAAAGUAUUUCAUGCGCGCCGCAAUCAAAGUCGAGCCUCGAGAUACAAUCGCAAGUGUUGGUAAUAAAAUGUGCUACUAGGCGUAUACGUGAUAGUUUACACAAGAAGUAACUCAACUCGACACAAAAACAUCCAAAAGCAACAGCAAACAACAAAUUUGAGACGCUUUCUGCAUGGCAAAAUGAAUACCACAACCACCAUAAUGACAUUGAAAUGGCGUCAGAAAUUCAAAAGCAGAAAAAGGCCAAAGAAACUGAAACAACAACAAGAACAACAACGAAUAAAUGGAACAAACACUGCCCAAACAACAGCAAUUGCAAAUGAAUCAGCAACAACAGCAACACCAACAACAACAACAAGAAAAACCAAAACAAAAACAAAAUUAUUCAGACUGAGGGAGGUCAUGGAACAUUGGCGGGAUCACAGCAAACGGCAGUCAAAUGAACGCCACAAAACUGUCACACAAAUGUUACAAAUGCCAACAACAACAAGGACAACAACAACAACAAGAAGGACAAGGACAGCAACAGCAACUGCAACACAAUGUCAUGCAAUUAAGGCUUCCAGCUGUAGCAGCGACCAUUGUCAUUUGCCUCAGCUUCAGCUUCAACGUCAGCUUCAACGUCAACGUCAUCCAUUUGCGACGCUGACGUCAACGUCGACGCUGACUUUGCUGCUCUCGCUGGCCGCAACAGCAGCCAUUGCAGCCGCAACAGCAACAGCAGCAGCGGCAGCAGCAGCCGCCUCCACAUCGAAUGCCAUGCCGGUUGCUGCCAGUUUGCUUGGGUCAGGUGGCUCAGGCUCAGGUUCAGGUUGCUCCCUGUCCGAGUUUAAUUGCUCCAAUGGACGCUGCGUGCCGCUCAGCAAAUUCUGCAAUAACAACAACGAUUGCGGUGAUGGCAGCGACGAGCCACGCUUCUGCACACGUUGUAAUCGCACCUACUACGGCGAUAUUGGACAGACGUAUGCCCUGGAGCUGCAUCGACCCAAGCAGGAUCGGGUGCCGUUUGUUUGUGUGCUCACGUUCACAGCGGCGGGCGGCCAACAUGGCGACGUAGUGCAGGUCACAUUGGACAGCUUCACCAUUGGACGCUUCACCAGCUACGUGCACGAGGGUUGUCCCGAUGGCUUCAUGCAGAUUGCCGAAUCGGCACGCACCCCCAUCGGUGGCAUGUGGUGCGGCAGCUCGUGGGGACCCGUGCUCUUCUACAGCGAGACCAGGUCCUUGAUAUUCACCAUCAAGCUGAACAGACUGGCAAGGGAUCAAAGCGGCUACAACUUUGACUUUCGCAUUAGGUACAAGGUGCUGUCCAAGGACAGUUCCGUGACGCGCUACGGCGGCAUUAAGCUGGCAGAGCUUAAUCAGUGGCACAAUCGAAGCAGUCUGCUCAGCCAACAGCAGCAGCAGCAACAACAGCAACAGGGAAGUCAGGAUGAUUUUACCAGCUCGAGCGGAGCUCGUUCGGAUCGUUAUGGUCAGGACUUUAGUUUGUUCAGCGCGUAUGCGAAUAAUAAAACCUUCAUGGACUCACUGGAGAAACCGCUCAUCAAGGACGAACACAACUACACGGAACCCAAGUAUUAUUUGGGCGACCUCAUACCCGGCACGUAUUGUUCACGCAUCUUUAGCGACUGCGAUAAGAAACCGUGUCGCCUGCAAUCGCCAAACUAUCCGGGCAUCUAUCCCCGCAAUCUCACCUGCUAUUAUGCUGUUCGACAGCACGAUGUGCCCCAUGGCAAACAUGCGCUGAUACUGGUCAAACAGCCCAAGGGGAAUCUGGUGUGGAUCUCGACACAGGAAACGGCGAACAGCAACAAAAUGUCCUCGGCAACAUCUGGCGGCGACAAGGAUAAGAAAUUUGAGCCGAGGCUGAAAACAUGGAACGACUGCGAUUACAUUCAGGAAAAUGUAAAACCCAAAUGGAAAUCAACGGACUACGUGACCGUAUACGAUGGCUACACCACACGUGACCCCAUCAUUUUGAAGUUCUGCGGCGGUGGUCAGGCUGUGCCCGCGGCUGUCUCCAGUGGCCCGGAGCUGUUGGUCGAGUUCAGCACGUCGCCGUUUGGCACCUUCACCGGCACCUCAUCGCAACUGCUGCCGCUCUACGGUUUUCAGCUGGAGGUUGAGGUGCAAUUUGUCGACAUACAAAGUCCAACGUACUCGAAGAACAAGAAACCCUGCGAGUUCUGGAUUCGAGGCGCUGGUCGCGGCAUUCUCGAGAAUCCCAAGCACUCGCUGGCCCCCAACUCAACGUGUCUCUAUCAUCUCCAAGGCAUGGGCGUCUUCAAGACCUUCGAUCAUCUGAGUUUGUCGCGUCGCACCAACAGUCCUUCGGGAAUGCAUCAACCGUUGUCCCGCUUCAAGGUCUGGAUCUCGGUGCUCAAGUUCAAUUUGGAUCCCGAGUUCGGUCAGAUCGAUGAGACUUCGGUGGGUGCCAUUGGUGUGCUGCAAACCCAGGAAGAUUGCAGCGGCAUGCUCCGCAUCUGGGAUGGAACGCUCCGCGACGCUCCCGUCUGCAAGGAUCUCAACUGCAUCAGCGAAACAAGCAGCUACUCCGCCUUGGGACACUAUUCGCACAACACCACAAAUGUCAUCGCUCGCUUUUGCCGAGGCACAAUUCCACGCACCUGCGACAGAUCGAACAUCAAUGAAACCUACGCUCGUCCUUGCACCAUCUCCGAAAGUUAUGUGUCCAGCAGCGAUGCCAUCACGCUUGAGCUGCGCAACACCGAGUCCACAGUGCUCAGACCUCUGGACUUUAAGCUAAAGUACGAGUUCAUUGAUCUGCAUCAGGAUGGUUUGCCUCAAGGUGGCGGCGAACUCGACUGCAAUCGUAAGUUUGUCAGCAGCCUCAUGGAUCGCAAGGAUCCGGCCAUCUUCCGCAGCGUGCGGAACAUCUUUCUCUUUGGCCGAGGAGGCACUCGACAUCUCAAGUGCGUCUAUCGCUUUGAGGCGUUGCGUGGCGAGCGAGUGAGGAUUAAGCUGCGCAAGGUGACCACGUCGAAUCGUCCUUGUUAUGCACGCCUUGAUGAGGACAUCAAUCGUUCCUUUUGCUACGGCGACACCAAUGUGCGAGUGGAGAUCUUUGAACGUCCUUAUCCGGAUUCCAUAUUGUUGCAUCGCGGUUGCGUUUGCAACUCUUCGAAUCAGACGCAUUUGCCUGUGGAAUACACUUCAACGGGACGCGAUGUGGAGGUGCACUUCAUAGCGCACAACAUGACGACGCUGGAUGAUCCCGAUACGGCCAACUUCGAGGGAAUGUUUGAGUUCGUGAAGGCGCCAACCAGCUGCAAAGAUGGCAGACGCAAGUUCGGACCGAGUGGCACCAUUGACAUGACUUUUGGAGAUAUUGAAUGUCGCUCUCGACCCUGGUUGAUAGAACCCUCCAAUGGCAACAAGUUUCUGUAUGUGCGCCUCAAGGCUAUCUUUCUGAGCAGACACAAUCCGAAGAAGACUCUGAAUGCGACUUAUUUGCAAACCAACAGUUGGUUGUGUGAGACCAAAUCACGCGUUGUGCUCACCACAUCGGAAGGUCUCACCAUUGUCGCCUGUCCUUUGAGUCCCGAUUCGAGUGCGUACGAGUUUGUGGAGAUCUUUAGCUCCGGCUGGAAUGAACGUCCCAACUUUGCGCUUAUCAAUCGCUCCAAGGCCAUCAGCGUUGAGUUUCUGCGUCCCACGAAUGGCGAAUUCACCUUCAACUGGAUGGAGUUGGUGCCACGACCCACGCUCAGCAUAGCUGAGGAUUGUCAGUUCAAGUGCGCCGAGCUGGGCGCCUGUGUGAAUGCGAGCAUUUGGUGUGACGGCAUCCGGCAUUGUCCUUCCGGCGAUGAUGAGGCCUUCCUGCAGUGCUCCGCUCUGAUGAAACUACCCGCCGAAAUACUUGCCACACUCUGUCUCAUCUUUGUGCUCUCGUGUUGUGCAUUCGCCGCCUUUGCUUACAAGAAAAUCAAACGGAAACUUCGCGGUUCUUCGGUGCUGCAGACGCGACUCAAAUCGCUCAGUUCCAUGGAUACGGCGGUGUUGGAUGAAAAGGAGGUGAUUUGCUGACAAAGCGACAAUUCUGUGCGUUAUGUUGAGAUCGAUCGUGUGACCACGGUCUGAUGCUCGACGGCCCCUAACGUACAGAAUUGUGCCCCGGAACUGAAACUGAAAACUGAAACCACUAAAAAAAUGAUACAGAAACUGAAACAGAAAAUCAAACAGAUAUCGAAGCGAAACGCAACAAGAAAAGGCAUCAAAAACCACAACCAAAACCAAA